AUGGAUAAGAAUCGAUCUGAAACUAUAUCGCAUAAACAAUAUACGGUCAAACCGAGUGAAAUAUUGGGCAAUUUGGGGAAGACCAAACCGUCCAGUCCGCAGGCCCCAACCUCCCCUGUCUCCCUCGAGGACCUUCCCACGGCCACACCAGGGAAAGCGGCGGCGACGGUGGACCCUCGUGGGGAUGCACUUGGUGGGAUAAAGAAGGAAUGGGUGUCGGGCGUAUUCAAGUGGAUUGCCAAGUUGGACGGUUUGUGGUAUAUGCGAGGGAACGCCACUACUGUCAUCAAGUACCGCUUCAAACCGGUGGAUGCAUUAGCAGACGAUAGGGGAAGGUUCAUGGCGGUUCAAAUAGAGGAUAGCCCAGCGAAUGUUGGCUACUUGAUACUGAAAGAGCCUGAGUCUCGGCACAUGAAUAACUACUUCUAUACGGACUUGGUGUCAUUGGAAGAUCUCCGACCUGCUGUGAAGGAGAAGGGUGUACUAUGGCAGCUCACUGAAGGAUGCUUCAACUCCAACUUUGACACACUGACAUUCAUCCGACCAUCAGAUGAUCCCAAAAGUGGAGGGACUCAGUGGCUCGUAUUUGACCGACAGCCCCGGAAGAAAAGCGAUACACCCGAUAGCAGGGAAAGUCGUCGGUCUUCGCAGCAACAACAACAGCACGUUGUUACCCCUGAGGCCCCUCAUAGUGGCCGACAUGAAGACGGUGGAGGCGAUCGCUAUGGAGACUGGACACAUUGGAAAAAGAGUGACAGUGCGUGGCAAUGGGAUGACUAUAACAAGUCGUAUGAAGGAGAAGGGAAGUGGAGGAACCAUCAGAAAGGAUGGGGACAGGAGUGGAAAAAAGGGGAGACUCGCUUUAAGGGCGUUGUGGAUUGGAAUAGGGUAGAGUACCAUCCUGACUGGCGGAGGUUCACCGGGGAGUGGUAUGGUUUCAAGCAGUAUGGGGAAGCGCCUCGGCCGUCGUUCAAGUCAUACGAACUCCCGGGCCCUCACAAGGAUGACCAUUUGAUCGACAUGGCGACGAUACUAUUCGUAUACGGCUUUCCGCGUAGCUACAGCGAAGACGACCUGAAGGAAGCAUUCUCGAAAUUCGGCGAAGUGCAGGAGGCUAAGGUGAAGAGGAAGUGGGGUCAUCGAGGGUAUGGAGCUGGAUAUGGGUGGAUAAGAUACGCCAAUCGCGAUGAGUGUGAACGAUGUAUCGCGGCAACCAAGAAUAAAAUGACCUUUCAGGGUAUGAACUAUCCAGCUAAGGUUCGACCAGCGAUGGAUAAGGACUUCCAUCUCGAAUAUAGAGACAAGUUGUAUCCCGAGGAUAUGGCCAGAAGACGGGGUAUUGGUUGA